GUCGGGCGGCUCGGUAAACUUCGGUGAUGUUCGGUAGAAAUCGUGGGGGUUCGGCUUCCCGCGUUCCCUCCGCUGCCCCCCGUCAGGUUUGCUUUUGCCGCGGCUCGUCAACUCGACAACACAAUUCAACACAAUUCGAACGUCCCUCGUUUCUUGCCGGACGCGAACUACCGGCCUCUCCGUUGCGUUUGCGCCUGACGCGCACAGCCUCCGCCACGCUGAUCUUCCUCGUUGUCGGCCGCGUGUGACGAAUAUCGCGCUGUUUUUACACCGAGUAGAAGAAAAUCCGACUUCGGGACGCGACGACGCGAGUAACGGGCGACGGAUAAACCUUCCAUUUUUAAAUAAAAUACAGUUUGACAAGCCGAUGGAUACUCGACGAACCGCUGAUUAAACAAUCAAGCGAUAACGCGUACUAUAAAUAACAUUCACGGCUGGUUGCGAACAAGCGCUGCGACGUUGGAUAAAACACGCGUUUAAAUGUCGAACACGAUGCGCCCCGCGAUCUGAAUUUCGCCGUCGAUCGUGUAACGGCGUUGACGCGAAUCUACGUAUAAUGAUCGUCGGGAGCUCGACGUUUGCGAGCUGCCGCCGUUGUCAGUGGAUCUUAAUGCAGUGUUCGUUUCUGAGUGAUUACUGUUCUUCAUCCCCGUUAUACUUUACCUGAUUACAAUGGUGAUUUUAAAGCGCAUUUUACGCCAGUGACACAAUACGGCCGCAGUUUGCGAUCGAUAUUUGACGAUCGAGCGCGCGGGAGUUUGAAAAUAUAAUAUCGUUAUUCAGUCAACCAAGCUGCCCAGCGAUACCCGGCAUGGAUGGAACCAACCCAAUGGGGGCAUUAUGCAGACCGAGGAAGUCGUCCCUCGAGCAACGUCUGCGGGGAUAGACACGGGCAGCCCGACGGAGGAGAUAUCCCACCAGCAGACCCAGCUCCUGCUGCAACGUCAGCACUCGUUGCCGUCGCAGCGGCUCCCGAGUCCCGUGGAAUCGCUGACAAGUCAGAUGGCGGUGAAGCAGGAGCCGCAGGAUGAGGAGGAGCAUCAGGGAAGGACUUCGUCCAGUCCCCAGGUCGAGGCGCACGCCGUUCAAACCGGCCUGCCCAACGGGGGGCCGGGUCAAGUCCAGGUCCUGCAGAACCAGGCGACGAUGGGGAGAGCGGAGGUUCAACCCGCCCAGGACUGCACGGGCGGCAGGGCGAGGCCCAGCCGGGGAAGGAGGAAGUCCCGAUGGAAGCUCAAGUUCCACCACCAGGCCCUGCCGCCCGAGUACCUCGACCAUUACGAGGCCGCGCUCGCUCGGGAGGCCCUCAACUCCCCGCCGACCCCCGUCCACGACUCCACGGCGCCCAGCCCGGCGCCGACGACCUCGACGUCGACCCCGAGCCCCGUAGCCGACGUCCACGGCUGGCUGCAGCGGAUCGCCGCGAUGCAGCAGGAGCUCUGCCCCCCGGCCAUCGCCCAGAAUCCGGUCGCCUCGAGCCCCCAGAUGCCGGGCUUCCGGCGUUCGGUCAUCACCUCGACGCCCCAUCCUCAGCACCACCCGCACUCGGGUCACCACCACCCCGUGCAGCAGACGCAGCCGGCGCCGAGGCCGCCGAUGAAGUACUCCGACCUGCCGUACAUGGGGGAGAUAACCCUGGACAACAGCAAGCCGAGGCGGGGCAGGAAGCCGAAGAAGGCCGACAUCUGUCACCUGAUAUACAAAAACUACGGCACGAUACUCCCGGGAACGCCGGGGCUGGAGGAACGGAAGCAGCUCGGUGGUCCCCGCGUCAAGAUGGAGAUGAGCAGGGAGCAGCCGGCCCAGGUAUCCUUCCAGCGUACCGACAUUCAGAACAGGAUAAGCAGCCUCUUGGAGAAGCGGCUGACCCAGGAGUCCCGGAGGAACCACUCGGCGGCGCAUGGUCCGAGGACGACGGAGCAGGAGGAGCCGCUCAACCUGUGCAUAAGGGACCUGAAUCAGCUCAAGAUACGACUGCUGCGGAAGCACGGGAACGUUUACGAGUCCGGGCAGGUGAAGAGCGAGGGAUCGAGCGACGGCGAGGAGGUCGAGUGUCUGGGGGCCGCUUCGCCGACGGAACCGGGGACCGACGGACCCCCGGUCAGCAACGGGGUCGGGGGUGGAAGCAGCGCCCUGCAGGGGGACUCCGUCAUCCCGGCUAAUCCGGGGUUCGUCUACUGGCCCAACGCCGGGGUCUUCAUCCACCCUAUGGCGCUGCAGUCCCAGUUUCUCUACUACCAGAAAAUGGCUCAGGGCGAGGGGGGCCCGGGGUUCACACCGGCGAUGCAGGAACCCCCGCCCAAGGAGCAGAAGAUCGUUCCCAAGUCGAUAUACUCGAUGCUUGAGAGCAAGUCCCCCGCCCCCGCGGCCGCACCGCCGCCACCAACAACACCGACGCCCCAGCAUCCCGCGGCGGCAGCGGCUGCGGCCGAAUCGCCACGGGCGAAACGGAGCGGUCCGACCGGCGGCCACGCUCAGCCUACGAAACGGAAGCGGUCGGCGAUCUUCAUCCCCCCGAUGCCGACCGAGAACAACAACAACCCCGCGACCGAGGUCAGCAUAUGUAAGUUCAAGUUCACGGGGGGCGCGAAGCCGAGCCUGCAGGAGAAGAAGAGCCUCUCCGUCGACUCGGGGGGGAAUUUCCGGUACUACAGCGGGACCGGGGACAAGAGCAUGCGAGGCUACGAGUUCUUCCCGCGCGAGGCGCUCCAGCAGCCUGCCGGACAGGCCGGAUCCUCGGCUGGGGCGUUUUUGAACGCCGCUGGUGAGCGGAUCCCGCCGCCCGGACAACGGCCCCCGGUCCCGGAGGACGGACGGCGUAAACGGAAGACUAGGAAGUCGCUGCAGCGAGAGAAACUCGAGCAGACGUUCAAGGAGAAGGGUUUCCUCAUCCAGACCCAGCAGCUCGAGUCAGCCGAGGGCGCGACCUACUGCAAAUUCAGGCAGCUCAGGAAGUUCACGAGGUAUCUCUUCCGCAGUUGGAAGGACUACUUGCCCGGCAAUGUUCGCGAACUAACCGGUGCCGAGGGUGAGCCCGAGGUCGAGGGCGAGGCUGACCGCGAGUCCCCUGUCAUCAGGCCCCACGUCGGGCCCCCCGGCGUGGUCGAGCUCCCUCCCGCCAUUCUGGAUGAACCACAGCCCCUGCCGCUGACGUGAAGAAGGGCAGCUACCAGGAGCCGAGUUUUGGUAACGCCUCUUUUUAUACUUUUAUUUUUCACGGUAACGCCGCUAGUGAAACGGUCGCAGCCGGGGAGGACUGCGGUUGAAUUCAGAAUUCGUUGGAGAGAUUACAGAAUGGGAAUUAGAUGGACGGAGAGAAAGAAUUUGUAUUCCUAUACCUGAUGAAGACGUACACUGCCAGACAGCUGUCGAAAGCGUCCUUCCGCGGACUUGAGGGAACCGCGUAGCGACCUGCAGAAGUGAGAGAUAUUAUUGUAAUACGAGAAAUGUAACCAUGUUUCUGUUUCUUUUAUUUUUUUAUUUUUGAUUUUCUUCUUUUUCUCAUCUGUAAACACGUGGAGUAGCUUGGAUAAUAUACGUUAGUCCGUCACAUGCAUUGUAUUGCGGAUAAAUGAGGAUUCUUUACGUAUCGUUAGCUGAUGUAUAAUGCAUUUAACGAAAGUGAAGGAAUAAUUGUUGUAUACUAUUUCAAUGAACUAAACAACGUGCAAGAUUUAUUAUUUUAUUAAUCCGUUUAAGCGAUCACUUUUAUGCGGAAAUUGUAUCGUAUUUUCUACUCGUUAAAUGUUCUCACAUAUUGAAACUAAAUGAAUGAAUAACGGAACAAAAAAAAAACAAAAAACAAAAAAAAAAACUCUGCUACGAAUCAAACGUAGUAUUGUGCCAAA